AUGGUCAAGCUUGUUUGUGCGAUCGUUGGUGUGGCUGGAAGCGCUUUCCCUGUGGACAUCGACGCGAGCCAGCUGGUGGGAGACUUGAAGAAGGCGAUCAAGGCGGAGAAUGCAAUGACUUUCACGGGCGACGCCAAGGACCUUCAGCUCUUCCUGGCAAAGAAAGACGGCGCCUGGCUGAAGUCGAAGGAUCCUGCCGUGAUUGCUAUGCGGAGUGGUGUUAUUCCCGAGAAAGUAAAGGCACUGCUGGACGUGGAAAUGGAUCCAGCAGACGAGAUUGGUGACUUGUUUGGUGAUGCUUCGACGAAGAGGACGAUCCACGUGCUGGUGGUGGUUCCAGAUGGGGCUGGUGGUUCAGCGAGUGACACUUCCAGGAUGGAUCGUCUAUUCGAUAAGGUCGACAAAGUGUAUGAGCACACUGUGCUGUCCAAGCGUACGCGAUAUGUCCACUCAGAAAUGAACUCAGCCAAGGGAAACAUCCUUUUGAACGAUUUAAAAAUUCGGAUUUCGCCUGUGGACACAGUUAAAUUCGCCGGUGGAGUUCCAACUCCAGCAAAGGAAUUCAAGUGGAAAAGUGACCGUACCGAGGAGCAGCAAAAGGAACCUUAUCGUGAGUACGUGGUAGCCAACAUUGGCGAUGUCUUGACGAAUAACAAGCUUUGCGUGGUUGGUGUGGAAAAAGGCGCAAACAUCCUCACCGUUGAAGUCCCUGGUCGCGCGUGUACCAUCUUCUCGGCGAUGUCAUCCCAGUCGGCUUGA